CAGAGGACGGAAGCUCUAAAGUCAUAUGAUCGAUUCGUGACAGAGCUCGUCGUUCUUGACUCGUAAAGAUGGCUAGUCAGACACAAGGUAUUCAGCAGCUUCUGGCCGCCGAAAAACGCGCUGCCGAGAAAGUCUCGGAUGCCAGAAAACGCAAAGCACGUCGUCUGAAACAGGCCAAAGAGGAAGCCCAGGAUGAGAUUGAAAAAUAUCGACAGGAACGAGAAAAACAGUUCCGUGACUUUGAAGCCAAGCACAUGGGUUCAAAAGAGGAUGUAGCUGCACGUAUUGAGGCAGAUACAAGACUCAAGAUAGAAGAAAUGAAUCAGAAGGUUGCUGUGCACAAAAACGAAGUCAUGCUUAAAAUCUUGGACUUGGUGUAUGAUAUCAAGCCGGAACUGCACAAUAAUUACCGCAUUGAGGUCUAAGCCACAAGAAUCACAUCUAAUAUAACUAUAAAUAUACAUCUUACGCUCUAUAAAUAUCUAUUAAAUAUUACUGUUCACCAUAUCUCAAUAUGUAUUUAUCGCUGUUAUAUUGUAUGACAUGUUAUAUUUUAUCUGAGAAACUGUAUACAGUGUAGUUGUAGGCAGUGAUACUCAAACUCUAUUAUUAGAAUUCUUUUCUCUCGCAGUUGCUACACGACAAUAAAUGUAAUCAUAUUGUUAUUACCGCUGAGCUUUUCACCGGCACAUAUUCGAACAGUUUGAGAAUUGCUGUAAUGUAGUAGCAUCGUAACAAAGAGAAAAGAAAAAAAAAGUAAUAUAGAUUUCAACAGAAUAUUUCGACCUGAUGCGUCAAGGCCUAGACACAUCAGGACGAUGUACGAUUGUUAAGAUGGAUACGAUUAAAGCGAUUUAGGGUGGUGGUAUAACAAGUUGUAUGUCGUUUAGUAUAUGCCAUUAGAUGUCAUUCCAUGGUCUGUUACAUCGAGGACGCGCUAUGAGAUUUUUCCCUACAGCCUCUCGCGGUUCACGGACAUGCUCCCAGUCGACGGUGGACUACGCGACGAUGUAGCAACAUUCAAACUUCUCAUCUUUUAGCGAGAACUUUUCAAAUCUCUGUUAAUCUUGCGAUGGGCAGCUUUGCCUUACAUGUAUAUCCUUGUCUCUGUGAGCUGGUUGGUUGUCUGUACAGUAUUAGUAUACAAAAUAUAAAAAGAGGAA